AUGACUAUGGACGGAGAAAUGUCGACGUUGGCGACUGUCCAGCGCCUUAGUAGUUAUCCUGUUAUUAACUUUGCUGUCAAUCAAGUCUCAAGUGUUUAUCAGACAACCAAAGUAAAAAGCGAUAUGUUGAAAGGGGGCUUGGACAAGAUUGAAACUUCUGUGACCAACAUUCUGACUUCAGCUUUGCAGCCAUUUCAGCAACAGAUUGUUGCGGCAGACGGUUUUGCUAGUCGUCAAUUGGAGAAAUUAGAGGAGAAGAUCCCAAUUGUUAAGGAAUCAUCAGAUAAGAUUCGCACAAGAUUCGAAGACAAUUUGAAAGCAAAUAUUGACUGCGUUCGCAAAUCUUAUCUAGUAGAACGUGUCAGUAAUGGGAUUGAUAAGGUUUUGGAUGUUACUGAUAAUACCGUCGAAUAUAUAUUGCCUGGAGUAGAUGAACUAGAAGUGAAAACUGCCAGUGAUCCUAAUCAAGACAAUAAGAUAACUGAAAUGCUGGAAGAAAACGAGGAAAGCGCAACUGGCAAAGUCGAUCGCAUUUACACGCUGACUUCCAAGGUUAAACGCCGCUUGUUUACCCAAAUGGUUACUCGACUAGAAAACGUAAAACAACGCGGUCCCGAGAUCAUCAGCAAAUUUAAAUACUCUGUAGAUUUGAUUGCUUAUGAUAAAUCUCUUGACAAAAAGAGCCCUUUUACCGACGAAAGCGUAGCUGGCGAAGAAUCGACUGCAUCGGCAAAGACUGAAAGCAAUAUCAGACCUGAAGGAAAAUUUUCAUACUUGAAGAAAGAAUUAUCCAACAUUCGAUCAACAGUUUCUGUUAAAUUGGUACUAUAUUAUAAGCAUUACUAA